AUGUCUCUCAACUUGGCGUCCCCGUUCUCCCCCUUCCCGAGCUUCGUCCUCGGCACGGGCCUCACCUUCAUCGGCCUGCUCGGCUUCGCCCGCCCGCUCGCCAUGUACGAUUCCUUCGGCAUCACCCGGCCCCCGGCCGGCGUCGAGCCCGAUCCCUUCAGCUACGCCAAGUCGGCCCGGGACCUGGCGACGGGCGCGCUCUUCAUCCUCCUCGAGACGUACCAGGAGGGCAGCGGGAACGAGGACGCCGUGACGGCGCUGUUCGCGGUGACGGCGUGCGUGGGCGUCGCCGACUGGUGGACCGUGAGGCGGAGGGGCGGAAAAGAGCCGAUGGGGCUGCUGCAUUUGGGGAGCGGGGUCGCGUUGGGCGCCUUCGCCAUAUGGAGGUUCUUCUACUAG